AUGGCUAUGGCAGCAAGAGGACGCGGAACAAAACUUCCACCUGAGGUUAAUAGAAUAUUGUACAUCAAGAACUUGCCAUAUAAAAUAACAUCUGAGGAGAUGUAUGAUAUUUUUGGAAAGUUUGGAGCUGUUCGCCAGAUUAGAGUAGGAAAUACGCCAGAAACUAGAGGAACUGCCUUUGUAGUUUAUGAAGACAUCUUUGAUGCUAAAGCUGCUUGUGAACAUCUCAGUGGAUUCAAUGUUUCCAAUAGAUAUUUGGUUGUUCUCUACUAUCAAGCAACAAAGGCUUGGCGGCGAAUGGAUACUGAGAAGGCUAAAGAAAAACUGGAAGAAGUUAAGGAACGAUAUGGUAUUGGUGGAGAUAUUGCUAAAGAGAAGGAGCGUAUGGCUAUGACUCCAACCCCUCGCAGAUAA